AUGAUCAGUCAAUGGGUGCGGACAAGAACAGAAGAUUCACCGGUCAAAAAACUGACCACACCGACCAUCGCCCAUCUUCCUGAAAUUCAGAGCAGUGUGUUAGAUGCACUAAAAGGCAACAAUGUGGAUCUGUCAACUGUGAGACUCCGAGAGAAGGGCUGUCGAUGGCAUGGAAGAAAGACUAUUGAAGGCCGGAUAAUUCUGCGUAUCUCAAGAAAUACAACCGGUACAUGGAGGUUGCUCAGCCUGGGAGAAUUGCAUUCGAUGUUCUUGAAGCAAAGCAGAAGUCCAUACACUAGUAUUCGGAUACUAGUUCGGGUACUACAUCCGGAAGGACACCGGAUCUCUCCGCACGGAGAAGAAUGUAAACUGAACCUCAGUAAUGUGGUGAUCAGCGCGAAGGACUAUGUUGGUGCCGAAAUUGAAACUGAUACUCAAAAAAGUGAGGUUCGCUUGUUUUCAUCUCACUGUAUAUCCACAUGUGAUGUGAGUACUUUGGAUCAUGUAAAACAUGCUUGCACGCGAUUCGCUUGA